AAUAGACGGAAUUGCCAGUGCAAGUGGAAUAGUCACUUCUUUGAGAAAACAGUUUUAUUUUUUUCUGGAUGUGAUGAAUCACAGUGCAAGCCGAAUCUAGGUCGAUACGCUUUCGCCUUGGUGCACCACCAACAUUUGACGGAGCUACAAGCCGACACGUCGUUGAUGCCAUCGCCUACUGUACGCGACGUCAUCGUCACCAACUAGGCCAGCGGCUGGCUCGCAAAAUUCCGGGAAAAAAAUGUUGGACAGAGCCAACGCCUUAACAUUUGACGUGUAAUGGCAAUGGCUAUACAGAUAUUGUCGCUGGUAAUCAGCCACAAAUAUCCCAUUAAUUCAAUUGUCUUACAACAGCUGCGGCUUUUAGUCGAAAAGACCGUACAAGGAAUUAUGCUGGCCAAGCUUGAGCUUUGCACUUGGUUUUCGGACACAUCUGGUAAAUUUGUACUAACAACAAAUGCUUGAAGUUUUCACUGCACUUGAUAUAAUUGUGAAUAUUCGCAAGUCCUGGAAUAGCAUUAUGACGAAAUUCCGAAAAGGAAGCCGCACUUUGCUAGGAGAGUUAUAAAGCGUAUCUGUUAAGCAUUAAUUUAAAUCUGAAUAAAUAUACUCGUGAAUAAUCUCGCUACCGAUUCUGGGUCAUCUGCGCGCUUGUUAAAGCAGACUAUAAAAAGUGAACGGUAAAUUGGUUCCAACUCGCGCAUGUUUGUAAGCUUUAAAUCUAAGUCUUGGUAAGAUGA